CAUAAUAGACGAAAAGUCUAAACACCUUUCCAUAGGGAACGAGAAUAUUUUUAGCCACUCUGUACUUUUUCGACGAAUUUCCCGAUUUUGGUGGGUCAUAUAAAGCACUAAAUAUGCCGGUGAUCUUACUGGAAAGGAUACCGCUGCCGAGCCUUCAGACAUACACGUCUGUAUCCGUCCUAGUUUUAUCUGUUGCGUUGUACUAUGCCUAUCACACAGUCACCACAGUGGACAUAAACUCUAUACAUGAACUGGAUUUCGGAGAUGGUGUCACAGUAGAACCGGUAGCAGACGACGAAGUCUUGAAUGAGCAUCAUGAUAUGGUCAAUAUCAGCCUCCCCUAUGACAGUGUGGGAUGGAACAUGUUUCAUAUUCUGACCAGUGAGGUCUGGUGUGUAUGGAUCCUGGUCAACUCGGCAUAUUGCUGUUUGAUACUUCUUGGAAAAGCUAUCCAAAAACUUGUGUUUGGGGAACUUAGAGUUUCAGAGGAACAGCAUUUGAGAGACAAGUUUUGGAACUUCCUGUUCUACAAAUUUAUAUUCAUUUUCGGAGUGAUGAAUGUUCAGACACUGGAGGAGGUUGUAUCUUGGGUAGCCUGGUUCACCAUUCUUGGCUUCUUCACCCUUCUGACUCAGCUGUCCAAGGACAGGUUUGAAUAUCUAUCCUUCUCCCCGAUCGCAGCCCGAGGAGUCCACAUCAAACUUCUGUGCCUCUUGUUUGUAAUCCUGCUGUGUAGCUUUGCCUUACUCUUCCUCAGUGGAUAUGUGGGCCUCCAGGCAGGCCCCACUAUUUUUGCCUUCCUAGCUGCAGAGUGCCUUCUGUUGGGAAUCAGGGCUCUGUAUGUUGUUGUAAGAUAUGUAAUCCAUUUGUGGGAUAUGACAGUGUCCAGUGUUUGGGAGAACAAGUCUAUGUACAUCUACUACACAGAGCUGACCUUUGAACUGUCUGCUUUAGCUGUAGACUUUGCUCACCACCUCCACAUGUUGCUGUGGGGAAAUAUUUUUCUGAGUAUGGCUAGCCUAGUAAUUUGUAUGCAGCUGAGGUACUUGUUCUAUGAAUUUAAGAGAAGAAUCAACCGCCAUAAGAACUACAGAAGAGUGGUCCAGAAUAUGGAAGCAAGAUUUCCUAUGGCAACUAAGGAAGAACUACAGAUUCACAAUGAUAACUGUGCUGUGUGCUGGGAAAGGAUGGACUCUGCAAGAAAACUACCCUGUGGCCAUUUUUUUCAUAAUUCUUGUUUGACGUCGUGGCUGGAGCAGGACACUUCCUGUCCGACUUGCCGGACCUCCCUGAGUGAGGGACAGCAGGUGGACCCCAACAGCAAUGUCCCCGACGAGCGGGGAGCUGCACCCCCUCAACCACCCCAGCAGCAGCCCCAGAACAUGUUCACUAAUCACUUUUUCCAUUUUGAUGGAUCUCGAUACGUAAGCUGGUUCCCGAGUUUCUCAGUGGAGGUGACACACACCCAACUUUUACCUGGAGGCAGACAGAGGCCCAUACAAACCUCGCAGUUAGAUAGCAUGGCUCGCCAAGUCCAGUCUGUUUUCCCUCACAUUCCCACAAAUGUCAUCCUCGAGGACCUGAGGAAUACCAGAUCUGUGGACUUCACUAUAGAAAACAUACUGGAGGGCAGAGUUCAAGUGCCACCUCCUGGGUUAACCACAAUGGCUGCCUUGACGGACUCGGAGGAAGGAAGUGAUGACAGUGACUCUCCAUCCACUCCCUCCCAGCCCUCCCCCAGGGCUCUACAGCUGGCCCGAUCAGGGGAGGGGGAGGAGAGAGUCGGAACCAGUGAGGAGGCUGGAGGGGUCAGCAGCAUAAUGGACGACAAUGUCCCAUUCCUAAUGGAAACAGUUCCACAACCAAGUGAUGAAGCUCACUUCACAACGGGUAGCCGAUUCUCAAAGUCAACAACCGAGAGAGAAUCCAUGUUACAGAGUAGGAAAGAACAAAUGUUACAGAAUGCAAGAAAGAAAUACUUAAACCGACAAACAAAUUCAUCAAAGGAGGCAGCAUCUCAAAUUGAUGACACCAGAGUGACAUCAGAAACAAAUGCAGCAGACCAGGCGCAGCUUCGUCACAGAAACGAGAGCACAUUUCAAGAGACUCAGCGGUGAUACCUCAACAGUUCCAGAAGCCCUAAAUAACCACUAAUUAACCAACUUGUUGGUGUUGUGAUGUGUUUAUUAUUUGACAAUGCAAUGAUUUGUUGAUUUUGUUGACUUUUUGGAUAUUUUUUUUGUACAUUUCACUCUUAUUUUCAGAUGGCUACCUGUAUUUAAGGAUGGCAAAAUAUGCUUCUUGUUUGAUGUCUUCUUUUUUUUGUAUAUGUUUGUUUUCAAGAGAGGGACAUUCACGUUUACUUUUAGGUUCACAGAAAGCAUAUUUCAUCAAGAACCAAGAACUUGAUAUGUAAAACUUAAAUGUUUUACAGUCUUUGAUACCAUUUGCAAAGAUUUUCCCAAAUUCCACAUUGACAAUUUUUGCUGUAUUAUAUUGCUUUAGAUUUGUCAAAUAUGAGGAAACCAGCAUGAAAUAAUGAAAAUAUCUCAGUCUAAAUAUGUCUAUUAUUUUUACAAACAAUUAAAGAGAUUUAACUUUAUCAAAACAAGCUAAGAUUUUGAAACCUUCUUACUCACCCCCAAGAGUACUUUGUUUCACAAUUUGGAAAUUGUGAAACAAAGUACUCUUGGGGGCUAGUCGGUCUGUCAGUCGGUCCCCAUAGUUUCCGCUCAUUUUCUUUGCAAAUGUUGCACGUACUGAAAUGAAAUUUGGAAUACAAAUUUAUCAUAGUAAUAUCUAAGUUAGGUUUGAUUUUGGGUACGAUCGAGCUAUUUUCGACAGAGUUAUGCCCCUUUGACUUAGAACAAUUUUAAUUAUUUGCAGUUCCCGUUCAUUUUCUUAGUUGAUGUGUCCAAGGGAGGGGGCAUAAGUUUUUCACAAACAUCUCUUGUUUUAACUAAAAAUUAUGUCCAAAUCAUUCAUGUUUGUUUCAUUAUGCCUAGUUACAUUUAAAAUGGAUCAUACAAAUGUCCAAGUAAUUAUUUCAAAAUGUAACUUUUGUUGCAGUAACUUUUGUAUAUGGGAGAUGUCAGGUAUUACUAUUUGUACAUACAAGGUUUCAAAUUGCUUUAGUUACAAAACCAGUUUAUACUUUGUAAGUAUCAAUAUACAUUUGUAAAUAGUUAUCAAAAAAAAAAAAAUUUAUUUAUUUUGGUUCAAGAAUUUAAGUUGUAAUAUAUUGCAAUAUUAAAUGUUUGCAUGCAGAAUUUUAAAAAAGUGGCAUUAUUAAUAUUCUAUAUUAGUUAAAAUCAUACUGGAAUGUUCUGAAACUGGAAUUCCUAUACACAGGAAUAAUUGGAAAUCCCAGAUAUAUAACCAAAAAUAAAAUGGAAAAUAAAGUUAUGACAGUCAU